AAAACAAAAAAAAAAAAAGUGAGCGAAAAUGAGGAUUAUGAUCAAAGGAGGAGUAUGGAAGAACACGGAGGAUGAGAUAUUGAAAGCGGCGGUUAUGAAAUAUGGGAAGAAUCAAUGGGCUCGAAUUUCUUCUUUACUUGUUCGUAAAUCUGCUAAGCAAUGUAAAGCUCGUUGGUAUGAGUGGCUCGACCCUUCCAUCAAAAAGACCGAGUGGACUAGAGAAGAGGAUGAAAAACUGCUUCAUCUUGCUAAGCUCAUGCCAACACAAUGGAGAACGAUUGCGCCAAUUGUUGGUCGGACUCCAUCUCAGUGUCUUGAGCGGUAUGAGAAACUCCUUGAUGCAGCCUGUGCUAGAGAUGAAAAUUAUGAGCCAGGUGAUGACCCCAGGAAAUUGCGUCCUGGAGAGAUUGACCCAAACCCUGAAUCAAAGCCUGCACGUCCAGAUCCUGUUGAUAUGGAUGAGGAUGAGAAGGAAAUGCUUUCUGAAGCUCGUGCUCGGUUAGCUAAUACUAGGGGCAAGAAGGCGAAGAGGAAAGCUAGGGAGAAACAGCUUGAAGAGGCUAGGAGGCUUGCUUCUUUGCAGAAAAGGAGGGAGCUUAAGGCUGCUGGAAUUGAUACAAGGCAAAGGAAGAGGAAAAGGAAGGGAAUUGAUUAUAAUGCAGAAAUUCCCUUUGAGAAGAGGCCUCCUUCGGGCUUUUAUGAUGUUGCUGAUGAAGAUAGACCCGUGGAACAGCCUAAGUUCCCUACCACCAUCGAAGAACUUGAGGGAAAAAGAAGAGUUGAUAUAGAAGCACAGUUGAGAAAGCAGGAUAUUGCAAAAAAUAAAAUUGCUCAGAGGCAGGAUGCCCCAUCAGCAAUAGUGCAGGCCAACAAGCUGAAUGAUCCAGAAACAGUGAGGAAGAGAUCAAAACUUAUGCUACCAUCACCUCAGAUUUCCGAUCAUGAAUUGGAGGAGAUUGCAAAGAUGGGGUAUGCCAGUGAUCUUCUUUCAGGUAAUGAGGAACUGGCGGAAGGGAGUGGUGCAACUCGUGCUCUUCUCACAAAUUAUUCCCAGACACCACGGCUGGGAAUGACACCUUUACGGACCCCACAAAGAACACCUGCUGGAAAAGGUGAUGCUAUCAUGAUGGAAGCUGAAAAUCUGGCUAGGUUGAGAGAGUCCCAGACACCCUUACUUGGUGGAGAAAACCCAGAGCUGCACCCUUCAGAUUUCUCAGGGGUCACUCCUAAAACACAGAUCCAAACACCAAAUCCAAUGUCGACUCCGGCUGCAACUCCUGGAGGUGCAGGUCUUACUCCUAGAAUUGGAAUGACACCAUCAAGGGAUGGUUAUUCUUUUGGUUUGACCCCUAAAGGAACUCCCAUCAGGGAUGAGCUCCACAUAAAUGAAGACAUGGACCUGCAUGACACUGCCAAACUUGAGCAGCGGAGACAAGCUGAUAUAAGAAGGAACUUGCAAUCUGGACUCAGUAGUCUUCCACAGCCAAAGAAUGAGUACCAAAUAGUCAUUCAACCACCUGCAGAAGAUAGUGAAGAACCAGAGGAGAAGAUUGAAGAAGACAUGUCUGAUCAGAUAGCAAGAGAAAGGUUUGAGGAAGAAGCAAGGCAGCAGGCAUUACUUAAGAAGAGAUCAAAAGUGUUGCAGAGGGAGCUUCCUAGACCUCCUAGUGCCUCCCUAGAACUAAUUAGAGAUUCUUUGAUGAGGACUGACGGAGACAAAAGUUCUUUUGUUCCUCCUACUUCAAUUGAGCAGGCUGAUGAAAUGAUAAGGAAGGAGCUUCUGCUCUUGCUGGAGCACGACAAUGCUAAGUAUCCACUUAAUGAAAAGUCAAAUAAGGCGAAGAAAAAAGGUGCCAAGUGUCCUCCAAAUGGAUCUAUUCCCAGUAUAGAAGAUUUUGAAGAGGAAAUGGAAGAGGCUGAUUCCUUGAUUAAGGAGGAGGCUGAAUUUCUUCGUGUGGCAAUGGGGCACGAAAAUGAAUCGCUUGAUGAUUUUGUGGAAGCACAUAAUACUUGCCUAAAUGAUCUAAUGUACUUCCCUACUCGUAAUGCUUAUGGUCUAGCAAGUGUUGCUGGAAAUAUGGAGAAACUUGCGGCCCUGCAGACUGAAUUUGACAUUGUGAAAAGGAAGAUGGAUAAUGAUAAGUCGAAGGCAGAAAGCAUGGAGAAGAAGUACAAUGUUCUCACACAGGGUUAUGAGAGACGGGCUGUAACUCUUUGGCGUCAGAUUGAGUCAACCUUUAAGCUGAUGGAUACUGCAGGAACAGAACUAGAGUGUUUUCAAGCAUUACAAAAGCAGGAGCAGUUAGCGGCAUCACACAGAAUAAAUGGUAUCUGGGAGGAAGUUCAGAAGCAGAAGGAGCUCGAACAAACCUUACAAAGACGCUAUGGGAAUCUCAUAGCUGAGUUAGAAAGGAUACAAAAUCUCGUGAAUGUAUACAGAGUACAAGCACAAAAACAAGAAGAGGCAGCUGAAAAGGAUUGUGCACUUGAGUUGUCUGAGGCUGUAGCAAGUCAAGCUGAUGUGCCCAGCUCAGGACUUUCAGAGUCUGCACCUUCCUCAGAGCAUGUUGACUCUUCUCUUGAUGGCCAUCCUAGCCUGAAAGGUGAUAUGAAUAUCGAUUCAGGAAAAGAACAUGCUACUAUGGAUAUGGAAAAAGAUGGAAGCAUGUCUGUAAAUGUGCCUUUGGUUGUGGAAGACAUAGGAGAUAAUAUCACAAAGACACUUAAUGGGAUGACUGAAGAUGCCGUAACAAGUCCUGACGGUGCUGCAGAAUCUAGAAAUCCUGAUUCAGUUUCUACCGAACAGGAAAGCAUCCAAGAAAUGCUUGAAGAAGGUUAUACUGACCACACCAAGGUUGACAAUUCUUCUGUCUUGGGUGGAGAUGCUGCUGAAAAACAAACUGGAAUGGAGGAAUAGCUUUUUUAGCUCUGAACAAGUGUCAAGUUUUAUUGGACAAUGAGAGACUAAUCAUGAAAUUCUUCCCCAUACAAGUAGUAUUCAGGCAUUGAUGGAUCCAUAUCUGCUUCUGUAUUUUUAUAAAUGGGAAAUAUUCCAUGGAUAGUAGCUAUGCUGGAGCCAAGCUUAUUCUGUGUAAUUUUUUCAUCUCUGCGUUUUCCAGUGCUAGAGAUUUUUGUUUCUCUUAGAAGAGACCUGGAAAAGAAAUACAGGUCCAGGGGUGAAAAACAUGGACCUGUCAUUGGUAGCUUUGGUAUAACAUCUCUUUUCCCUUGGACUUAACUCACCAGCACCUCAAAUUUCUACUUACCUGGUUUUCACAAGAGGCAAUGAUGUUGUAGAUAGGUUAGGCACUUUAUUUAUAUUCUUGUAUUCCUAUAAUUUGUCGGAAUUUUCUUUCUUUACCCAAAAUGAAUGUUAGGAAAGUUGAAAAUUUAUUUUCCACUGGACCCAGGUUAUCCCCUUAGGGUUGAUCCAGCUUCUUUUGAUUGACAAUGGACAUCCCAAAUCCAAAAGAAGGCAUUGUAUCUGAUUUAAAAGUCUGCAUUAUAUUAAAUUGUUGGUUACAAAUUGUUUUUUGUUUUCUGAGAACUGACAAGAAAGCAGUCAAAGCCAGUCCUCCAUAUCCAAUUGAGUCAUUAUCUAGUUAUGGCCACAUAAGGGAGGAGUCAGAGUUUCACUAUUUCAGCAUCCAAUUUGUAUACCUAAUAUUCCAAUUCCUAAGCAGCCAUACCUUGAAGAAUACAAACCAAAAGGAACACUUCUAGUUGGAUAAGCUUUGCUUGAGCCACCUUUUUAGCCAUCCCAUAAAUAGCCUUCCUCCCUCUUUCCUUCUUAGUAUCUCUUUACAAUCCUCAUUAACAUUUUCUACUCCCCUUAGUCUCAAGCAGAAAGUAAGAAUCUAUUCAAUUGUUUCCGUCAAGGAAGUUUGCUGAAAUUUUGAGUUUUCAAGGAAAGCCAGAGACAAAUUUCGGAUUAUUUUGUUCUCGGUUGUAAGGCAAACAACAAGAAGAGCUUGAACUG